UUCGCUGGUCCGAUCUUGUCGUAUUGCCUCGCCCUCCGCCCGCCGCAAAACAACAGGCCAAGAUGCGCCCACUCGUACGUGUGUGUGCUGUGCUGUGCUGCACCGCGCACUCACCGAAGCAACACAGGCUUUUCAGCUGGUCUUUGCCUCCUCGAUUCAGAUGCUGCCGUUGUUGGGAUCGCCACCACCGUUCUUUUGGCUUGACUAAGCCCAGCCUAUCCCAGCUUGGCCGACCCGUUUGGUUUGCUUCUGUUUUCUUGUUCAGCACGGAUGCCGCGUUUCCUCGUUGCUCCCAGUUGAGUCCAGUCUAGCCAAGGACCCGUCAUGUCGUGUCCCUUGCGGCCAUACUCGCCGACUGCCUACCCCAUUUCAAGUCCAAGGGUCAACCAGGCGCUACCAGAACCAUCAGAGAGCACUCAGUUAUCUCGCCCUGCCCAACCGCUCGUCAGUUUAUGCAUUGCCCUGCUCAUCCUCUUUCCCACAGAGGUCGGUUCUGCUCCCCUUGAACCUUGGACUGACUGGCGGCGCAUUGACUCGUCAUUCUGCAAUGUCUCGCUCUCGUCCCUUUCUUUGACCGUUCGUCACCGCCCUGUCAUCGUGUGUGUCUGUCUGUUAGUCCGUCUGUCACGGGCGGUACCUUGCCUUACUCGCCCCUGGUGUCUCCCGUCACACAUCACCGCAAGGCCGGCUUCGCCCACCCACCAGCGCGGCGCUUGCCGGUCUACCUUCAGCCCAGAGCAGGGGCCUUUGGGUCUUGUGGUGUGGCACCAGCCGACGUGGGGAGCGGAGCGCCGGUCGUCCAAACCCAGGGACGCAAAGACGCUUCAUGGACCAGGGGCUGGGACGAACCUCGGUGGCCGGGAGCCAGGGUUAAGAAUCAGAGGGGGUGUGUGGGACGAGAUGGGAUGGGCUGUGAAUGGGCGGGUGGAUGUCCGUGUGGAUGUGGAGGGUUCACUUUCAAUUCAGUACCUCGGUGUAUGCAGCUCAUUGCAUAGAUCGCUCAAGGUCCUUUUUUCGAGUUCUCUGUCGUCCCCCCUUUUUCUGCUGACAUGGGCACACACGCACACACACACACACACGCACACACACACGCAGACGGCACGCACUUUCCACCCACCGAAUCUCCUCAUACAGAUACGCUUUACAGUAAGAACAGGUAAGUACAUAUGUAUACACACCCUCGCUCUCAUAGCCUGCUUCGGCCUCCAUCCACCGCACAUUGUCUUUCCCACGCUUCUCCAUCCUCAUCCCAUCUUCUGGGGUUGCCUUGCAUCACGUUGUACAGUUUACUCUGCACUGGGCAGUCUGCACUGCACGUCUUCUGCACAGCUCCGCUACUCAGACCAUGUCAUAUCCUGCAAUGCCUCCACUGCUUGCUUACCUUGCCUUACGAAUACAUAGUAACAUACUGUAUGCAGCUUUGCUGGCUUGCCCUGACUGUCCUGCCCUGGUCCUUAGAGCCCCUCUGCUGGGGGCUUUCCCCUUUCCCUUCCUUUCCCUUCCCUCCCAGAGCAGAGCUUGAGAGUCAAGAGUGGUGACACCCUUGCUCCCUUGGUCUCCCGAUACCUCCACCCAUAUGAUCUCCUCGCUGCUAGGGGGUACCCGGUGGAUAACGAGAGAGAGAGACACCCCCUUCUUGCCCACCCAUGCCCUGCCGCCACCCCGGCGCCUACCUGCCGCGCGACUUACACCCACGUCGGCUUGCGCACACACACAGACACACACACACACACACACACAC